UCACGGUCGGAAGGUCAACUUUGUGGACACCAUGUUUCAAAUGUUGGAAAAGUACUCCAACAACCUGGAAGAGCUGAUCCGGGAGCGAACCGAGCAGCUCGAUAUGGAACGCAAAAAGACUGAACAACUGCUUAACAGGAUGCUUCCGAGCUCCGUCGCCGAACGCCUCAAGCUGGGGCUCGCCGUCGAGCCGGAAGAGUUCUCCGAAGUAACAAUCUACUUCAGCGAUAUCGUUGGUUUCACAACGAUAUCCGCCCACUGUACGCCCGUCCAAGUGGUGGACCUGCUGAACGACCUCUAUACCUGCUUCGAUGCCACCAUAAACGCCUACAACGUGUACAAGGUGGAAACCAUCGGAGACGCAUACAUGGUUGUGGGAGGCCUACCCGUCCGAACGCCAGACCAUGCGGAGCAAAUUGCUACCAUGGCGUUGGAUCUGCUGCACCAGAGUGGCAAUUUCAAGGUUCGCCACCUACCGGGUGUUUCCACUGCAGCUUCGCAUCGGAUUACACACAGGUCCAUGCUGUGCCGGGUGUUCGUCGGUUUGACAAUGCCCCGAUACUGUCUGUUUGGCGACACGGUCAACACGGCCUCCCGGAAUGGAGUCAACAGAACAUUGCCCCAGAUCGCGAUGCCAUCCAUCCAGCACCAGCUGCCAUAA